CUCCCUUCUUUGUUCUGUCUGGCCCAGAGAUCCGAUGCCACGUGCUGCCGGCGGUGCUGCGGGGCUCGUACGUGUGCUCGGCUGGAGUGCAGAUGGAUUCCCGCUGCGACUACACCUGCCUGCCCGGCUACCAGCUGGAGGGCGAACGGAGCCGCACGUGCAUGGAGGACGGGCGCUGGAGCGGGAGCGAGCCGAUCUGUGUAGAUGUCGAACCUCCCAAGAUCCGCUGCCCGGACUCCCGUGAACGGAUAGCAGAGCCAGGCAAGCUGACUGCCACGGUGUACUGGGACCCACCGCGCGUGAAGGACUCUGCCGACGGUGUCAUCAAGAGGGUGAUGCUGCGGGGCCCAGAACCUGGCUCAGAGUUCCCUGAAGGAGAGCACGUGAUCCGCUACACCACCUACGACCAGGCGUACAACCGAGCCAGCUGCAAGUUCAGGAUCCGUGUCCAAGUGAGACGCUGCCCUGUGCUGAAGCCUCCGCAGCACGGCUACCUCUCCUGCACUUCUGACGGCAACAACUACGGUGCCACGUGCGAGUACCUGUGCGACGGGGGCUACGAGCGCCAGGGCACCUCCCUGCGGGUCUGCCAGUCCACCCAGCAAUGGACAGGCUCCCAGCCCCUUUGUGCACCCAUGCAGAUCAACACAGCUGUGAACUCGGCAGCCAGCCUGCUGGAUCAGUUCUACGAGAAACGCCGGCUCCUUGUCAUCUCAGCCCCCGACUCCGCUAACCGCUACUACAAGAUGCAGAUCUCCAUGCUGCAGCAAGCCACGUGUGGGCUGGACCUGCGGCACGUCACCAUCAUCGAGCUGGUGGGGCAGCCCCCGCACGAAGUGGGGCGCAUCCGGGAGCACCAGCUGUCCAUUGGCAUCAUGGAGGAGCUCAGGCAGUUCCUGCACCUCACCCGCUCGCACUUCAACAUGGUGCUGCUGGACAAAGCGGGCACCGAUCGUGAGCGCUACAUCUUGCCCAUCAGCCCAGACGAGAUCUUCGACUUCAUCGACACCUACCUGCUGAGCGAGCAGGAGGCAGCCCAGCGGGCACAGAGCGGGGACCCCUGCGAUUGAGGCAGCACCAGGGAGACCCCCUGCCACCCCCCUCAGAGGACGGACACCUUCCUUUCUGCUUUUCUAGUCGCCCACUGUAGAGGAGGACCGGGAUGCCAAGGACUUCCAGGGGGAAGGGAGCCACUCUCAGGCUGCUCUGGCACUGAGAGGUGAGCAGGGACAAAAUGGGACAGGGGGCCACGUGCUAGCAGCGUGCCCACUGCGCAGCAGCCAGGUGCCCCGUCUGGCUGCAGGCUGCAGGGCAGGGUGGCUCAGCCCCAGGCAGGACCACACCGGGAGAGGCUGGAGUGCCUCUCUUCAAACUCCAGGGCAGGAGGGAAAAGGGAACCCAGCGGGAGGUCAGACUGCAGACAAGCGAGUGCCCCAAAUCCUAGGAAGGCUGCCAGAGCAGAGGAGGGAGGGGAGGGAAGAACAUGCAGGGCGACGUUACAAAUGCCUCUAUUGCAGCAGCUUCACCCUCAUCGUGGCCGUCCUCACCUCAUAUACAACUUAAACUUGCUCCCUCCCUGCCUGGGCUCAGUCCUGCUGGCCAGGCACUGAUGCCAGGCUCCUGCCAGAACCAUCAGAAAGCAUUUAUUAGAAGCAAAUGGCCCCAUGCUCAGCAGACGGUAACAGACAUCCAGUGCGCAGAGUACCCCAGAGGCUCGUGAUCUGCACCCUACCACUCGCUUCCCCUUCCACCCAGCACUGUGGCACCCUUCCUGGGAACUGUUUUGGCAGUAGAAUAUUAACUUGAAAUUAAUAAAUUUGUAUAAAAAAAUAUCAGUUUUGGUAGAAAGAGUAUUACAGAGAGGCACGGGGAAACUCAUCCUUCAUGCAGGGACGGGGCAGCUGCCCCCAGUAAGCUAAGCUGUGCUGUGCUGCCCCACAUCCCCACGACCCUUCCCCAUGCACAGCCCCACGCUGCAGCCCCCAGCUCAGCCCCACGCACACCAGCUGACCCUGCCUGCCUUGUCCAGCGUGGCCCCACAGCUAGGGGUUGAGCUGGGCUGUUCGCUACACCAGAGCCCUAGUGCCAGCACCUUCCGUGGGGAGGCGGGUGGAGGAGACAGGGAGGGAGCAGAUUGUGAAACAGAGAGGGUGGGAGGAGGAAAAGAAGAAAAAGAAAAAAAGAAACCCAACCGCUCAAAGUGGUUUCAAAGCACUGUGCCUGGGGGGAAAGAAGGGAGGGCCCACAAAGACUCCAGUUCAGCCUUAAAUUUGGUCCAAAGCUUACGACAAAUGCAAAAACCCUUUAAGAGAAGCUAGGCCAAGAAGAUUUUCUGCCCAAGCCUGUUUAGAGAAGGUCAUGU